AUGGCUUGCUACGACCUGUGUCCCACUCCCAGUGGCGUGGCCUGCCCCCAGCCCAUCGCCAACAGCUGCAACGAGCCCUGUGUGCGGCAGUGCCCCGACUCCACCGCCCUCAUCCAGCCGCCCCCCGUGGUCGUCACCUUCCCCGGCCCCAUCCUCAGCUCCUUCCCCCAGCAGGCCGUGGUGGGCUCCUCUGGAGCACCAGCCUUUGGGGGCUCCCUGGGGCUGGGGGGUCUCUACGGCGCCGGGAGCCUCUCUGGAGGUGCUCUGGGCUAUGGGGCCCAGUAUGGCUAUGGGAGCUCAGCCCUGUCCACGCUGGGCAGUGGGUACUGUGCCCCAUACUCCUCUCGCCGCUACAGUCGCCUCCUCCGUGGAUCCUGUGGGCCCUGCUAA